AUGUAGAACCAAAGCAAAUUAUAAUAAGAGUAUAGUAAUUAUGUUAAAUAAAUACUCUCAAUACUUAGAAUUAAAUGCAAUAAUGAAUAUAUAUUUUAGUAAAUAUUGAAAGGUAAUCAGAUUGAAUAAAAGUAUAUUAAUAAUUUAAUAACCAAUUUGAAUGGUAUGUAUAAUAUUGCAAAUAACCAUGUGAUAGAAUUAAAGGGAUUAUAAAAAAUUAAAAGAUGGUGUUCUUUGGAACUGUUUGGUGGUUUAAAUGAAUUUAGGGCAAUGAUAUAAUUGAAAAAUUAAAAUGCAAAGAGAAUAAUGAUUAUCAAUGGAAAAUCUAAAAUUGAUUGUAUGUAUUUAAUCAAUCAAUUGGAUGAUUAACCAAAUAAUACAGUACUCUUUUGUAAUCCAAAUGGUGGUUAUUAUGAAUAUAUGUUCUAUGAUGUAAUCUAUGUAAUUAUAUCUAGUGUAAUUGGUUUAGAUUCUAUGAAAAUCAUUAAAUUAAUGUUAUAGUGUGGAAUUAUAGAUAAUAUGGUUAAAGUACUGGUUAAAUUAAUCCAAAAGCUCUUCUUUAAGAUGCAAAUACAUUAGUCAAUUAUUUUAGAGAACAUUACAAUAUAACUAGGUUUGGAAUCUAAGGAUAUUCAUUAGGUGGAUCAAUAGCUGGGGAAGUGGCUUUAUUAAAUAAUUUAGAUUUUUUGAUAGUUGAUAGAACAUUUUCAUCUAUAGGAUAGGUAGCUUCAAAGUGUUUUAGUAGUCGUAUAAGAAUGUUACUUAAUAUAUUAACAGAUUGGGAUAAACCUUAAUAUAUGAAUUAUUGGAAUUAUAAAGGACAUAAAUUAAUUGUACAAGAUUCAAAAGAUGAAAUAAUUCCUUAUGUUGCUUAAUUAUAAGUAGCAAUAGCAAGAGAAUGGUUUAGUCCUUUUAAAGAGAAAUAUUUUAAUAAGAUUACAUCUAUGUUAGAUUAAGAAUCAUCUAAUUUUUAGAAUUUCUUUAAUUAAAAUAUUUUAAAUAAUUAAUAAAUGAAGUUAUUAGUAAAUAGUUUAAGUAGAGUAGUAAAUUUAAUUGUGAAAUUAAAUUUAUUGGAAUAAUAAAUGGAAUAUCUUUAAGAUAGAACUUUAAUAAAUAUGAAUACUAAUUAAUAAAUUCACAAUUAAUAAAAUUAUGUUUAAAUGAUUACAGUUGAGGAAUUAGAAAGAUUAUAACCACUCUUAUAUUCAAUGAUUGAAAUAAUGUAUUUCUUAAAAUACAAUAAUACAGUUUUAAUUGAUCUAUUAAUUUACAAUUAAGAUAAUUUUGAAGAGAAAGUAUAGUGUUUUUUUGCAUGUUGUUUUACUUUUGGGAUGCAUGAUAAUCAUAAUAAUUUUAUAUAAUAGUAUUCAAUCUAUAGAUAAGCCAUGACUGAAUUCUUGAAUUUAGAGGGAAAUCAAAAUGAUUGGGAGAAUGUAUAUUUAAUUAAUAAAAUAGUUAAAAUUAGAUGGUUAAAUAAUAUUAGAUUAAUUCAAUAAAAUAGUUGAUAGAUUUUCAGAAUAUAUGGAUGAUACAUAAUAGACAUAUAAUCUUAAUUAAUCUACAGAAAGAGGAGCCAAUAUUGAAAUGAAAUUGACAUCUCAUUACAUAACAAAAAUUGGAUAAUUAAUUAAUGUGGAUUGUGGACAUAACAAUAAUUUGACUGAAUUAGAUUUUAAUCAUGUAAAGACAUUCUUUAGAUAGAUAGGAAUUUAAUGA